UUCUUUACUUCAGUAGAAGCCGAUACGCAGAAGAAAGGUGUCCGUCAAACUGCAAAACUUCAUUUCCGAAAGGAAGACUUCUUGAAAACAUGCAGAAAUGGUGAAAACGAAGAUGAAAGUCAGAAGUUGACUUUCCCUGCCCAUAUGAAGGAGGAAGAAGAAUUCUGCUUCCGAGUUGUGGUUUUGCAAGCAAUCGACGUAUCCGAGCAAUAUUCAGAUGUUUUCUGUCAAUUCAACUUCUUACAUCGUCACGACGAGGCAUUCUCAACAGAACCGCUAAAGAACUCUGGCCGAACUCCGCUCACCUUUUCGCAUUCGCAGAAUUUGCAUAUAAAAAUGAGCCGCACGUUCCUUCACUAUCUACACCAUUUCCCUAUCAUUUUCGAGGCAUUUGGACACUUCCAACAAAAGCCUGAAGGCUUCCAAUUUGAGCGACAGCACAGUGCUUUGGGGCGACGCUUAUCUACAAAACUCACCUUCCAACAACCAUCUCUAGUUAUUUCUACUCCAGUAAAGAGCAAAAGGGCUAACGCACCAGUACCAAGCAGCCAAAACCAAAUUCGCUCAAAGACGGAUAUGCUUGUGUGGUUCGAGAUCUGUGAGUUGGCUGGAAAUGGCGAAUAUGUGCCAGCUGUGGGGUAUGGUGAAAAAGAAGUCUUAAAGGUUCUUACGUCUUGUCCAUUUCAGCCAAAACCAAAUUCGCUCGAAGACGGAUAUGCUUGUGUGGUUCGAGAUCUGUGA